AUGGCACAUUGGAAUSAACAAUAUAGAAAUGUCUUGUGGAGGUAUCAACAAUUUAAUGAUAAUAGAUGCAUAACUGACUUUGACCCUAAGGUUUUCUGUAAAGAAUGCGUUAUAAUAAAGGAUAGCAUAAUUGGAAAAGAUACAGGAUUUAAGAAAUGUUCCGCUGGUGGAUCCAAAAAACUUAAUUUAAUUGAAGACAACAGUGAUAUACAGCGUUUUAUAGGCGAAUGCACCACAUUUCAUGAAUGUGUCCGUAAGCGUUCUGCUCAUAAUAGACCAGUUCCAUUAAAAAGUACAAACACAGGUCUAUGUGAAAAAAAUGAUCGUUGUAAUAAUGGAAACUCCCGCACAAGGGGGGUGGGUAGAAAAGAACAACAAGGAUUAGAUACAGAAACGUCUAGAACGGGAAGUUCACGAACGCAAAAACCACAAUCUACAGGAGCACAACAGGUUGAAGGAAAGGAUUCAAAACAAGAAACCAUAGUUUCACAAACACGAACGAUCGCAAAUACGCUACCUAAUCCUGUUACAACUCAACAUGGAGGAUCUGAAUCUGUAAAGAACCAUCAGCAUAUUACAUCUGAACAAGUAGAGACUUCGACACAACCAUCAACUACUUCAGGCCAUAAAUCAACUAAAGACGUAGAUAGCCAUGCACUAUCACCUCCUCCACUAAGCAGAUCCGAUCAGAAAUCUGAUUCAGAUAUUCCUUUAGAACAAAGUCAUACAGAUAUAGAUCCUAUUCAAAAGAAUUCAACUGAUGAUCAACCAGAUGGUAAUUCCCCUGGUGAGCGAGAUACCGCUGCACAGAUCGAUGUAAAGCAAGAUAUUGCUCACCAGGCCGGUGUUACAGAAACUCCUGAUUCUGCAGUUCAUGCUGAUAAAGUUUUUGUUCAAAAAGAUCUUAGUGGAUCAAAUGUUGAUCGUUUAAAACCUGCUAGUACAGACACUGGUAAUGUAGCUGCUAGUCAUGUACAUAAUAAUAGGAGACAUUUAGGUAAUGUAGUAAUUGAUGGUGAGACUUUUGAUAAAGUUUACGGUGAAGCUGUUGUUCAUGAUCAUCCAGGUACUAGAAGUCCAGAGAUUAAAGAUUCAGUUACUGAAAGAUCUAAUGAUUCAGAUACUAUUCAUGGCAUUACUAGUGAUGGAGGGGGUGACCAUACUGAGGUUUCUAAUGUUAAUAAUGCUGGUAGUGAAACUCAAAGCAAUGCAAGUUCAUGUAUUGGAAAUCCUUGUAGUAAUGAACAAAGCACUGAAAUAAACUCUCAUAAUAGUGAAACACUAGGUAUGUUUAAUCACAUUUCAAAAAUACUACUAGAAAAUCAAGGACAUAUGAUAAAUGCUUCAAUACCCAUGGGAAUUGUUCUGUUAUUGAACUUCUUUUUAAAGUAA